AUGAGGGAGCUGAUGCGGCGCCUGAGCUUCUCCAACCGCGUGAGCGACGGCAGCGGCGGCGUGCCCCGCGGGUGCGUGCCGGUGCUGGUGUGCGGCGACGGCGACGGCGAGCGGUUCGUGGUGCGCGUGGAGGCGCUGCGCCACCCGUCGUUCGCGGCGCUUCUGGAGAUGGCGGCGCAGGAGUUCGGGUACAAGCAGGAGGGCAUCCUCCGGGUGCCCUGCGACGUCCGCCACUUCAAGGAGGUCCUCGCCGCCGUCUCCGUCUCCGUCUCCGUCUCCUCGCCGCGCUCUCGGAACUGA